AUGAAAAAGAACAAUAUCAGUGAACUGUAUGCACAAUGUAUUCAAUUAUGUAAUACAAAUAAAGUAAAUAAAAAAAAUGCAUGGGACGUUCCUAUUAUUGAUUUAAUGCAAGAUAUAAUUAAUGAAAAUAAUGAUAAAAGUAAAUUCCAAAUGGCAAGCACUUCUAUAGAUGCUUCUUUAAUGAUUUAUUCUUAUAGAGUUGAUGAUAUUUAUCAAGCUUUUGCUAAUUUUGCUGAAUUAAUCACUACAAAUCAACUAGAUAAAGAAGUCAAUGAUCAAACUCAACAAACUGAAUAUAAAGAUAAAACUCUUCAUAUAAGAAAAACCAGAAAAGUCAAAUUACAAACACUUGAGAAAUGUCCAUCAAAUUUAAUUAAUAAAUCUUCAACAAAAUUAUAUCAAAACGAUUUAUUGUUCAAAGUGUAUCUUCAAAAAUAUAAUACUCAUUUUUUAUCGUUAAUUGGUGAUCAUGCCUCAUUUAUUGGUGAUUGGAAUCAAUUUAUUGAUAUCACUUCUUAUGUUCAAGAUGAUUCAUCUACUGAAAUACCUUGUAAUCUCAAUUUUGAUAAAAUUCAACAUCAUCAUAUAACUUCACAACAUUCUCAACAACCACAACACCAACAAUAUGACUUUACUGAAUUAGAUGAUUUAUGUAGUGAGGAUAAACAAAAACCAAUUCUUGGAAUACCUGUUACAACACCUGGAUAUUCUUAUUACAACAAGUUAUUAUUUAAA